AUGGAGUAUUUUGAUAUAAUAAUCCCAUAUUUGGACCAAUUUUCGGUUUCAAAAAUAUCAGAUCCCCUCGAUCUGGCUUACGUUCUCGUGCUGUCUUCUCUGCAGAGCCAAGUUGGACUAUCUCCUUUACCUAACUUAAUGGAGGAACAAUCUAAAAUAACUGAAGCUUCAGAAAAUUUUAAGAUAGAAAUGGUAAAUUCCUUCCUGAUUUUCAACAAUUCGCCUUUAUUGAUGGAUAAUACAGCUCCAGCUGAAUAUAUCUGAUCAAUGGUGAUCGACUAUACCGAUUUGUUUAACCAAGGCUUCAUGCACAAAAACAAAAGAGUCUUGGAAGCAUUAAGCCUAGACUUAGAGUCUGACAACAGCCUUUGGCUUGAAGUAUACAGUGAUGAAGUUGAUCAACAACUUUCCAAGGAUAUGAAGGAAAUUUCUAAACUAGAGGGAUGCCCUCCUGCUAUUCAUAAACGAAUUGAUAUUGAGCAUGAAAAAUAUAAAAAUGUUCUAAAGAGAAAGCAUAGAGUUUGCAAGAAGAUUCUUACAACCCAGGUGCAAGCUUUCUUGCAAGAAGCUCAGAAACUUCCUUCCAAGAAGUUUCAUAUGAAGCAUCCUAUGUUGUUAGGCGCAUCUAAGGAUAAAUAAAGUUGAGAGAUUAUACAAGCAAUAUUUAUACGAAGUUGAUGCAGUAAUUGAAGACUUUAAACAGUGCCAAGAAGACAAAAAGAAAUUCUCUCAGAUUUUCUCACAGAUGUCAGAACUUUACCUAGAAUCCUCAGAUGGAAUCUUACCUAAUAAUGACUAUAUCGAUGAUGAAGAUGCGUUUUUAGAAAUACAGGAGCAGCUUUUUCAAACAGUUGUUCCUCUCCUAGUAGAGGAUCGCUCCUUGACAUCAGAGAACUCUGAGAGCAAAGCACCAACUAGACAGAAAAUAAGUAGUGAAGCUUUGCUAAAAUCCUUUCAGAAUUUCUCAAAGGAAAUUUACCCAGAAAUGAUAUCAACUUUAGAACAAAGUCUUGAAGCAUGAAAUGGGAUAAAGCAGGAAGCUAUCAGAAGUAUCCCUGAGGUACAUCUGAAAGGCAUUAUGAAAAGUGUUGAAGACGAUCUUGCUACUAAUACAGAAGCAAUUUGGAAAACUCAGGAACCAUCUGAUGCUUCUGUAGAUUCAUGCUUCAGCAACCUAUCUCUUACCUUAUCUAGUAAGGUUCAGGACUCUUUCACGAAGUUUAACAUUCACUUAGUGUUGAUGAAGGUACUGAAACUCUUAAUCUUUCAAUAA